AUGUCAACUGAAGAAAUGGUAUUCAAAACGUCGGGCCCGAUGCCUGAUGUGCACGGCUCUGCAAAUACCACUGCAGAGCCUCAUCUACAUUCACGGUUGGUGAUGGCUUCUCAAGUUGAAGAAAAGAACGGAAGUGCUGAUAACGGGGCUCUUCUUUCUUUCUCAAAAAUAGAACAGGAUAAAAGUCUUAAGUUGGAAGAUCAUACGUCUCUCCAAUCUACUCAGAGUAUCCCUGCUUCCCCUGCUUCCUCGGACGAUGGUCGCUUGGCCACCGAAGACGAAGUGCGCGAUCUUCUCCAUGUCGUCGACAACGUUCCCGGUCGCGUCUGGGUAGCUUGUAUUGCCGGCAUUCUGGAACGCUUUGUGUGGUAUGGGGCAACUGCUCCACUGCAGAACUAUCUGCAAAAUGCGCCCGGGGGAGAGGUUCCCGGAGCCUUCGGACUAGGCCAGGCUGCGGCUUCGAACAUCGUCAAUGCCUUGUUCAUUGCGUCUUACAUUGCCCCUGUACCUGCUGCCGUUAUUGCUGAUAGCUGGCUGGGCCGCCACAAGACCAUGAUUUACGCUGCUAUCGUUGAGGCCGUUGGUGCCACUAUUCUCUUCGGGACUUCACUCCCUGUCGCUAUCCGUGAAGGGGCUGCCUUGGGCGGGGUAAUCGCUGCUUGCGUCCUCAUGUCGAUUGGAUCUGGUGCAUUUAAUGCUACUGUGGUGCCUUUCAUCGCCGACCAAUACGAUGAGGAAUAUUUUCGCAUUAGGACUAAGAAGGGAAAGAAAGUCGUCGCUGACCGGGAGUUAACUAUUACCUACAUUUACAACGUCUAUUACUGGACAAUCAAUAUUGUUGGUUUCUUGGCCGAUUCCACACCGUUGUUGGAACGAUAUGUCGGAUUCUGGGUCGCAUAUUUGGUUCCAUGCUGUGCUAUGUGGCUUGCCUUACUUCCGGUCCUUUUCGGACGCAACUAUUUCAUUCGAGUUGUGCCUACCGCCAACAUCAUGCCGCAGGUAUGCAAAGCGCUGCGUCUCGGCAUCACUGGUGGCUUCAAAAUGGAUGCUGCAAAGCCGGACUCCCAGCGUCAGCAACACGGUCGCCAGGUUCCCUGGACAGAUUCCUUCAUCGAGGACAUCAAGUUGAGUCUAAUGACCAGCCGAGUUUUGCUUCUUUUUCCAAUCCACUGGCUCUGCUAUAACCAGACCUUCAACAACUUGAUUUCUCAGGCUGGGCAGAUGGAAACCUACGGUAUACCGAACGACAUGAUGAAGACUGCAGGGGCUAUUUCCGGAAUCAUCGUUGCGCCGAUCAUCCAGAAGGGGCUCUAUCCUUUCCUUACAAAGCGAAGGGUUUCAUUCCAACCGAUAGCACGCAUGACAGUUGGAUUUCUCGUUCUGGCAUUUGCCAUGGCCUACACCACUGGAAUUCAGAAGCUCAUCUACCAGACUGGCCCAUGCUACGAUCAUCCCCUCGCAUGUGCCGCAGCAAAAGACCGUAAGAUCCCGAAUCAGGUCUCGGUCUUUCUCCAGAUUCCCAUCUACUUUGGUGGUUCGUUGGCGGAGGUAUUUUGCCUUACUACGGGAACUGAGUAUGCCUAUAACAAGGCCCCAAAGAGUAUGAAGACAUUGGUUCAAGCUAUUUGGCUUGGUAUGGGUGGAAUUGGAGCCUGUCUUGCUCUCGCCUUCACUCCAUUGUCAGAGGACCCCCAUCUAGUUACAAUGUACGCCAUUCUGACUGGCAUUCUGGGUGGCGCUGGGGUCUUGUUAUGGAUUAUUUUCCGGCACCUGGAUAUGGUGAAAGUCAAGGAAGACUCUGAGUAA